AAAAGGAAGAGAAAGCGCCACUGAAAUGGGUCAAUGGAAAUAUGAAAUGGAUCUGCCAUAUGCGUGGUUUUUUUUUUUUUUUUUUCCUUCAGCUUCUGUUUCUCUCUUCUUCUCUUUGUCUAUAUAAACACUGCACACCAGCGCUCGCUUCUAAAACCCAAAAGCACCACACGCACCAUCUCUCUUCCCUUUCACCAUAGGUUUUUGUAUCUGCACUGAUCCAUGGCCCCUGAAAUAAAGCCUAGAGAUGUUUGCAUUGUGGGUGUUGCCCGGACACCGAUGGGUGGUUUUCUUGGCUCAUUAUCAUCUUUAUCUGCCACAAAGCUUGGGUCUUUGGCUAUUGAAGCGGCUCUUAAAAGGGCCAAUCUUGAUCCAUCACUUGUACAAGAAGUUUUCUUCGGCAAUGUUCUUAGUGCAAAUUUAGGACAGGCUCCUGCUAGACAGGCUGCUUUAGGUGCAGGGAUUCCUAAUUCUGUGGUCUGUACCACUGUUAACAAAGUUUGUGCUUCCGGGAUGAAAGCAACUAUGCUUGCUGCCCAGAGUAUCCAGUUAGGUAUCAAUGAUGUUGUAGUUGCUGGAGGCAUGGAGAGCAUGUCCAAUGUUCCAAAGUAUUUGGCAGAGGCAAGGAAGGGAUCUCGACUUGGACAUGAUUCACUAGUUGAUGGAAUGCUGAAAGAUGGGUUAUGGGAUGUUUAUAAUGAUGUUGGCAUGGGAAGUUGUGCUGAAAUAUGCGCAGAUAAUCAUUCAAUUACAAGGGAGGACCAGGAUAACUAUGCUGUUCAGAGUUUUGAGCGUGGUAUUGCCGCACAAGACAGUGGUGCCUUUGCAUGGGAAAUUGUUCCGGUGGAGGUUUCUGGGGGCAGGGGAAGGCCUUCUAUAAUCAUUGAUAAAGAUGAAGGCUUAGGAAAGUUUGACCCUGCAAAAUUGAGGAAGCUCCGACCAAGUUUUAAAGAGAAUGGAGGCACGGUUACUGCUGGCAACGCCUCUAGCAUUAGUGAUGGUGCUGCUGCUCUGGUUCUGGUGAGUGGAGAGACAGCUCUUAAGCUUGGAUUACAAGUGAUUGCAAAGAUCACUGGAUAUGCCGAUGCUGCUCAGGCACCAGAAUUAUUUACAACAGCUCCAGCCCUGGCAGUACCUAAAGCCAUAUCAAAUGCUGGCUUGGAUGCUUCUCAAGUUGAUUACUAUGAGAUAAAUGAAGCCUUUGCUGUUGUGGCUCUUGCCAAUCAGAAACUGCUUGGAAUUAAUCCAGAGAAGAUUAAUGUUCAUGGUGGGGCUGUAUCCUUGGGACAUCCUCUAGGCUGCAGCGGAGCUCGUAUCUUGGUUACACUUCUGGGGGCGUUGAGGCAGAAAAAUGGGAAAUAUGGUGUUGGUGGUGUUUGCAAUGGUGGAGGAGGUGCAUCUGCUCUUGUUAUAGAGCUUCUGUAGGCCUUUGUAUGUUUUUGGUUAGUCAUAAAAAUUCUGAUGCACAUUACAGUCAUGAUCGAUAUCACCCACAUCGUAUUUCAUUUGUUAGACCUAAUUAGACCAUCAAUCGACCAAUCCUUCACAGGCUCAACAUGAUGAUGGAUGGCUGCUGUCAAGUUUUCAAUGUUGUGCAAUUUUCCUGUGUUUCCUUUUCAUUUUUGUUUUUUAGUUUUGUUGUCCAAUAAACUAGAAAUGUAUCUAGCUUUUGAAAAAAGAAAAAAAAUUCAUCAAUGAAAUUCAUUCUCCUGCCCAUAAAAUUCAUGCAUGAGAAUCAUUUGGAUGCAAA